UCCAGUUUUCACCCAAAUUUGGUAACUUUUCUUGGCCAAAAGAAUGACAACUUGAACUUGUUGACUAAUUGUGCUGUUUGGCCUUCUUAAAGGCCACCACUCCUCCUGGUUCUCUUCUCAAAGCUAACACUGUGCUGCUCUCAUGGAGUUCUCCCUGUUCUUCCUUCUGCUUUCCUGCUUUUUCUUUGCCACUGAUGCAGCAGUUUUCAGUUUGGUGAACAAAUGUAGCGACACAGUAUGGCCAGGAAUCCAACCAGGAGCAGGGAAGCCUCAGCUAAUGAACGGCGGAUUUCAGCUGAAUCCCGGAAAGACCGUAACGAUCAAUGCACCUACAGGAUGGUCAGGUCGAUUCUGGGGUCGACAUGGCUGUUCCUUCGAUGCCUCUGGCAAAGGGACGUGUGAUACAGGCGAUUGCGGUGGCGUAAUCGAAUGCGAUGGGGCGGGAGGUGCCCCACCUUCUACACUUGCAGAGUUCACCUUAGACAGUCCUCAGGAUUUCUAUGAUGUUAGCCUUGUUGAUGGCUAUAACAUGGAGAUUUCGAUAUCCCCCUCUGGUGGAUCGGGGAGUUGUCGAACAGUGAAAUGCCUGUCGGACUUGAAUCAACGAUGUCCUAGAGGAUUGGAGGUGAAGAAGAAGGGUGUAACCAUUGCUUGUAAAAGUGCGUGCUUGGCUUUAAACACGCCGCAGUAUUGCUGCACCGGGGCAUACGGUAGCCCGCAGACGUGCAAGCCGACGGGUUAUUCGAAAGCGUUCAAGUCAGCUUGUCCAAUGGCUUAUAGCUAUGCAUAUGAUGAUCCAACAAGCAUAUUUACAUGCCAGAAUGCAAACUAUUCAAUUGUCUUUUGUUGAAUUGGAUCUUAUAU